AUGACGACAAAUACGAAUGCGAGCUCCUUUGUGACGAGGACGGAAACGACGUCUUCAUUGGCGUCGAGGAGGAGGAAGACAGCACGAGGAGGGAGGAGGAACAACGACCAGCAGCAAAACUCUCCCAAAUUUCUCGUUGCGAAAGCAGGGAGGAGUUUAAACACGGGGAACGACAGCAUUUUCAGCGUCAGCGUCAUCGGAAGAAAAGCGAGGAGUUUUGACGAAAACAAGAGGAGUAUUAGGAGCAGUUUUUAUACCAACGCGAGAAGAGAGAGGAUGAAAACGACGAUAAGGGCGAACCCGGAAAACGACAGCAUGGACGAGACGAUGAAAUCUCUGGACGAUUUACUCCCACCACCGGAAAAACCAAAACGUGAAUUUCCGGAUUCGUUCUACGACGACGAUCCGUCGUCUUCGAAACCUCCCGAAAGAAAAAGCUCCGGCGGAGUCUCGAAAGAAAUGCGAGCGAAAUUGCUCAACGAAUCGGUCGGUUUAGGCGGCGUACCUGGGAAAGCAAUGCCGUCGAAUUUGUUCGCGAAUAUUAUCUUAGUCGUCUUGGCGCUCGUCGCGGUGGCGUACGUCGGCGGGAUCAGACCUUAA